AUGGCUUCGCAGCAGGAUCUACAAGAGCUCCUAAGGAUCAUCACCUCCCGAAAAGGAGUGUCAAUGAUGGCCGCUAUGGGCCAAGUCAAAGCCCUGCAGGCCAGAGACCUACGGAGCAUAAAACAGAUAAGCGAGGCUCCUUUUGACGUAGUCGAGAGCGCCUUGGGAGAUUCGAAGGCGGCCAAGUCUCUUCAGACCGCUUGCAAGGUGCAUUUGAAACGACCAAGUACCAAACGAGCCGGUGAAUCGCUAACUGCCGACGGCGACAAACGUGCGAAGAACCGACACGACGGCAGCAGUGCCGAGGCUGUAUGUCAAAGUGCAGAGAAGCUGGAGGAUGCCUUGGCUCUUCCCAUCGUCACAGAUGAAUGGGAGAUCGCCAAGGCGCUGAUUUACACCAACCGGGCACCAAUUAUGUUGGCUUUUGUCGUCGAACUUCUUCGAUGCACUAUGCCUUUGCAGCCUUUGUCAAGUCGUCUCAGUUUGGCCCAGGCAGUCGUAAGCGCAAAUGCCAGGACUAAGGCCGUCGACAUUGGGUUGGCUAACACUUCUGACAACGAUGCCUCCUGGGGUGAAGGGCAACCAAAAGUCAGCAUUAUGGGCAGGUUGAUAGCCGUCCUCAAGCGGGGUGACUACCAGUUGGCAGCCGAGGAAGUGGUGGCGGCUCCAGCAACCUUCGAUGGCACCUCGGGUGCUGUACCUCGAAUGGCAACGAAACCGUCGGAUGCGGCGGUGCAUAAGUGUGCCAUCGCGGUUUCGAAAUCGCCGUGGUCCAUCAGUCGCCAAAUCACUUUCAAGUCUUCGACUUUUGUUGCGCGAGUUGCGAGUGUUGAUAAUGUUGGGCAGGCGUCGGCUCUUACCCGCUCACUGCUCUCGUCCGAGCCACUCCUACAGACGGCGACGCACAACGCCUGGGGUUUUCGAAUUCAGGAGCAGAAACACUGGGGAGGGGUUGGGGAAGUGCGCGAAAGAUGUGAAGAUGAUGGAGAAACAGGCUGCGGCCAAUUCAUCCUACGGUUGAUGAGAGAGGCUAGCGUCACCAACGUCGUGGUCGUGCUGAGCAGAUGGUUUGGAGGCGAAAUGUUAGGCCCGGAUCGCUGGAGGCUUAUGAGGAACGUCAUCACGGAGGCGCUCUCUCAAAGACUACGGCUUCCCCAGAGCGAGGUUGGUGCUGAGCGCGUAGCGCUCUGGGCACUUGAUCUCCAAAGGCUGGCAGGAAGCGGUAACGUACGAAGUGCAGAUGAUGGAAAUCGUACAGUCACUGGCGCUCCGAUCUUUCGCCCGGAAUCGGCCCGGUCGUAUUUGCUGAAGAGCUUUGCCUCCAGUCAGAACGAGAAUGAUGCAACAAGUCCAGGCGGGGAGAACUGUUUGGAAAGAAGUAUAUCGCGGGCUGGGGGGGGGAAGCUCAGCAAAUCGGAAGCAGAGGCCGAGAAGCUUCGAAACCUUGGCCGGCUUCUGGGGGCUUUCAGGUUACUAUUCGAAAGCUGGAGCGACCUGACCCCUCCCGAGUUGAACCGGAGGGCAUUCUCGUGGUACGCCGCGAUCCGGCCAGAGGUAGAGCCGGGAAUAGCAGGGUGGGGUGCAAAAGGCUGUCUGAGGCUCAGUGACAUACUCCAUUUACGUCGGAGCAACUCCGAGGGAAGCGGGGAGGAGUGA